AUGUCUCGAAUCUUCUCUGCGUGGAACAAGAACAAGCUCCACUUCAACUUCUUACCUACUCUGUUCUCUUCGUCGCACACCACCAAUUCUGGGCUUUUCCGGCCCACGAUUCCGAGACUCUACAGUAGCAACAAUGGGGAGCCACCACAGGAUUGGCCUCACGACGCUGCCGUGCCUUCGAAAACUCCUUUCACUGUUAAUUUUGUUCGGGCCUCCGCUGGGCCCCGCCAAGAGAACAUUGCGUGGGUCGGAGGCUCCAAUUUGGGCAGGGAUUUUCCGACUCCCAAGGAAAUCUGCAAGGGUCUCGAUAAAUUUGUUAUUGGGCAACACAGGGCCAAGAAGGUGCUCUCUGUAGCGGUUUAUAAUCACUACAAGAGAAUAUUCAACGGGUCAGGGGAAGACGAGGGAAUCUCCGAUGGAUUGCAUGAUGAGGAUAAUGUGGAGCUGGAAAAGAGUAAUGUUCUCUUGAUGGGUCCAACUGGUUCUGGGAAGACAUUACUUGCGAAAACCCUGGCUCGUUUUGUGAAUGUUCCCUUUGUCAUUGCUGAUGCAACUACACUAACGCAGGCAAUUUUGGCGGUACUGAUCCGAAAGGGGAAAUUUUCUAAUUUGCAGGCUGGUUAUGUUGGGGAAGACGUUGAAUCAAUAUUGUACAAACUUCUAGCGGCAGCAGAGUUCAAUGUUCAAGCAGCUCAACAAGGGAUUGUUUACAUUGAUGAAGUGGACAAGAUAACUAAGAAGGCUGAGAGCUUGAAUAUUAGCCGAGAUGUUUCUGGUGAGGGUGUUCAGCAGGCAUUAUUAAAAAUGCUGGAAGGAACUAUAGUAAACGUUCCUGAGAAAGGAGCAAGGAAGCAUCCACGGGGUGAUAACAUACAGAUUGACACAAAGAAUAUUCUCUUUAUAUGUGGUGGAGCAUUUGUUGAUCUUGAAAAAACCAUUUCCGAGAGACGACAAGAUUCUUCAAUUGGUUUUGGAGCACCAAUCCGUGCCAAUAUGAGAACUGGUGGAGUUACAGAUGCCGCAGUUACAUCAUCUUUACUUGAGUCGGUGGAAAGUACUGAUCUUAUUACAUAUGGUCUCAUCCCAGAGUUUAUAGGACGAUUUCCAAUCUUAAUUAGCUUGUCGGCUCUAACUGAAGACCAACUUAUUCAGGUCCUCACAGAACCAAAAAAUGCUCUUGCUAAGCAGUACAAGAAAUUAUUUAACAUGAAUAAUGUAAAGCUACACUUCACAGAGAAAGCUCUGAGAUUGAUUGCAAAGAAAGCAAUGGCCAAAAAUACUGGUGCCAGGGGUUUAAGAGCCCUACUGGAAAUCAUUUUAACGGAGGCCAUGUUUGAGAUUCCAGAUGUUAAAGCAGGAAAUGAACUGAUUGAUGCGGUUGUUGUUGAUGAGGAGUCAGUAGGAUCAGUAAAUGCCCCUGGGUGCGGAGGAAAAAUUCUCUCUGGCGAUGGUGCUUUAGAUCUGUACCUAGCUAAUAUGGAGGGUUCAGUGGUUAACCAUAACGUAGCUGAACCAUACUUACAAGAGGGGGAAUCAGAGAUUUCAUCAAGAGCUAUGAGCAUGCUGGAAGUGUUUAAUAUGUGGGAGGACGAGGUAAGAAAAGAGAUGAAGGUUGGGUGGUAUAGUUGA